UGAAAGAACUAGAAUCCCGCUUUCGUGAGAAAGGAAGAACGAACCAGUAACGCAAACAACAACAACGAACUUCCUGCUCUUCGAAUAUCCGGCGAAAUGAAGGAAACUUCUCUCUCUUCAGUUUAGGGUUUCGUAUGCUUGAUUUCCGGGGAGGCAUCGAAGAUUCGAGGAGAUGUCGAGAAACGGAGACACGGCGGCGGUCACUGAGAAUGCUUCUUCAUCGGGGACCAGAAUUCGAGUGGGGCCCGACCCAUUCCUCGUGGUUUGUAGGUGCUUCAGCGUCAUUACCUCCCUCACCGCCAUUCUCUGCAUUGUCGUCAAUGUUCUUUCUGCAAUUAGCUCCUUCAAAGACGGAUCUGAUAUAUUCAACGGGAUAUUUCGAUGUUAUGCGGUGGUGCUCGCAUUUUUGGUGGUGCUCGCGGAGACAGAGUGGGGAUUCAUUGUCAAAUUUUGGAAGGUAUUAGAGUACUGGGCGGGAAGGGGCAUGCUGCAAAUUUUUGUUGCAGUAAUGACAAGAGCCUUCACUGACUAUUCUGCGAAGGAAAAAGCUCUUGUUCUUCUUCAAAAUAUAGCAAGCUAUAUGCUCCUUUCUUGUGGUGUUGUCUAUAUUAUUUCGGGAAUCCUUUGCAUUGGCUUUCUUAAACGUAAACGCCAGCAGAAAGAAACUACAAGGGAGCAAGCAGCCAAGGAUCUGGAGGAAUUGGAGCAGCGUAGGGAAGAACUUGAACAAUUGCUUAUGCAAGAGGGAGUUUGACGCCACCAAGAUCUAUCCAGUAGUUCAACGAAAGCGAGAGAGGGCCAAAUGACUUCAAUGAAGCAUGCUAGAUAAGAAACUCUUGUUUUUAUAGUCUUGUUCACAUGGUUGCUUGCUGAGACAUUUAUACCUGGCAAGAAUCUUUCUUUCCUAUUACAUCCGUUGCAGAUGUAAAGUUGUAUGUCGCACCGUUGUACCUCUGAUUGUUUUUCACUCUAGCUUAAGCAGUAACAGCUGAAUGUACAGAAGUUUAUCUUUCUAGCAUCUGGAUAUUCUGAAAACUGUUGAAUCCUUUAUUUCAAUUUAGGCGAAAGUUGAAUCGUUUGUUUC